AUGUUUUCAGGGUUGCUCAUCCUCUCCCUGCUGGUGGGGAGCACAGGGGCGUGGGGCCCGCUGAGCAGAGCAGAGCCUGCAGCAGCCAGGGACAGCACCACCUUUUUCCACCUGGCUCAGGAAGACUCUUGGGAGAACGUCAACCUUCGGAAGAACAAGACCUGGAUCACCUUGCAGCUGACCAACAGCAGUCUGACAGCUUUCCCCGUCUGCCUGCCAGAAGCCCUGGAGACCUUGGACCUCAGCGACAACCUGUUGGAGGAGGUGAAGGGCUGGGAGAUGGCGAACCUCCCGCGGCUGCGCCGCCUCUGGCUGCGGCACAACCAGCUCCGGGCCAUCAGCUGGGGGCCUGAAGCCCUCAGCAGUCUUCUCUCCCUGGACUUAAGCUUCAAUAAGCUGUCAUCUGUGCCAUCGUGCCACGGCUCUGCCCUGCCGAACCUGAGGUGGUUGUCCCUGGCUGGAAACCCACUGAUGGAAAUCCAGCCGCUGGCUUUUUCCUGUUACCCUCAGCUACAGUUCCUGAACCUCUCUGCAACACUGCUCGGGCAGGAUGAGGGCAGAGGAAUUAGGGAAUCUGCUUUUGCCAUCAGCACGUCUCCCAGUGAGGCCACGAGCCAGCCUGGCAACACCAUCAGCACGCUUGAUCUGAGUGGGACCUUUCUUGAGAACAUUCAACCAGAGUGGACCAGAGACUUACCCAACCUCAAAUCACUUCACCUGACAAAGAUGCUACGGUUGAGAAGCCUUGAUACUGACUUCUUCAAGUCCAUGCCUGGUCUCCAAGAGCUGAACUGUCAAGACUCCCACUCACUGUGCUUUGUGAGGACAGAGAUGUUUGACAGCGCUCCUCAUCUGAGCCAUCUCUCCUUUGAGAACUGUAACCUGAGUUCCUUUAAUCCGUGGAAUACCAAUUCAUCGGCCAGCAUCAUCAUCAACUUGUCUGGAAAUCCUCUCCUAUGUGACUGCCAGCUCUCCUGGCUGCUCUCCAAGCCUAAGAAAAUUGUGCUGCAAAAGGCUUCAGAGACUUUCUGCAACGCAUCCCAGGAAGAUGGGAGCAGACUUUCAACCUCUUUGUCACUGCUAGAGCUCCACAGUAAAUGCCAGUCUGAGAGAAACGUGACGCUGCCCGACUGGAGCACACCCUCUCCGGAGCACGAUGCCCUCAGCCCUACCAGCUACAAUGCCACGGCUGCAGUGGGAACAACAGGCUCUGCUCUGCUCACCCAGGACACUCACACCAGCUCCCUAACGCAGAGGAACCCAACGGGCACGACGGCAGCCAGCCCAGCUGAGCUGCUGCUUACAAAGGCCAACAGUACCUCCCAGGAGGAGGAGGCAGUUUCUGAGCCCACGAGCAACCCCCCUUCCUUUGCAUCCGUCACCACCCCCAUGGAUUUUGUCAGAGAGCUCUACAGUCAGUCCUCGUUUUACAGCUCCACGAGGGAAACUGGAACAGAUCAGCUGAAGAGAGAGCUGAGAACAACCGACGCGACGUCUCCCCAGAAGGGCCCGUUCAGCCAGCCCACUAGUGAUUAUUCUACUAGAGCACGAGGAAUCCCUGAUGCCACUGACCAUGGUGUUCACUCCUUUGCCACUCAGGCUGGGGGAGACACAGCCCAAACGAGCCUACCCCAGCUGAACUCCACAGGGACCCAGGCUCGCUCAGAGCCCCUGCCCACCAGGUCACUGAUACACUUUGUGGACGACUACGACUACGACGAACACUCGACAGAAACCCCGGUGCGACUGCCGUACACCUCCUGUGACUACAACCCCUGCAGGCACCUCCAGAAGCCCUGCAGUGAACUCCAGAGGGUGUCCCAAUGUUUAUGUCCUGGCAUGUCGAGGGAGGAUGAGGUUCCAGAUCCACCCAGGCUGAGAGAGGUGUCUGAAGUCACAGACAGCUCUGCACAGAUACGCUGGUGUGCCCCCAAUUCGGUUGUUCACACCUAUGAGCUGAAGCUUCACGCCCAAGGCGACGAGGACAAACAGUUUGUCCUGGACAAUAUCUAUUCCACAGCAAGGCAGCACACUCUGUAUAACCUGUCGCCAUACACCACUUACCACAUCUGUGUGACUGCUUUGAACAAAGCAGGGUCAAGCCAGAUGGUAAAUCAGGGCAUGGCAGGCAACUCGUGCACCAGAUUUCAAACAAAACCCAGCUACAAGUCUGUCUUUGCUGCUCUGUCUGCAGCAAGUGGACUCCUCCUCAUUGCCACCAUCAUUUUGUCUGUAUGUCUGUGUAAGGCGUGUAAAAAGCCCCAGAGUGAGCAAUACGGUACACACCUAGUCUCUUACAAGAACCCAGCAUUUGAUUAUCCAUUAAAACUACAAACCACUAAUUAG